UCCAUUAUCUCUGGUUAGGACAUCGCCGCUAUGCAGAAACUGUUCAAAAUACCUGAAACAGAUUGUGAAAUUUGAUUGUUUUAAUAAAUUAAUGGAUUAAUAUCACGUUAUUCAUAAAUCAACAACAUUUCAACACCUGUUAAAAGUUUGUCGCUGAAUUUGUUUCUUGAAGGUUUUGUUUAUAUGCGCGUUGCGUGGUCUACAUCCGUAAACAAGGAAACUGCACCUCCCCCUAAUUGACGUAGAGUGCGGAAGCAAAUUCAGAACUCAAGCCUGAAGAGGCAUAGGCAAAGAAUAUAAUUUUACCGUAAACAAACAAAAUUAUUAUUCUUGCCAUGGAUAGUUAGAAACUAGUAUUACUAACUGUUUAGAUUAUUUUACAUUGUGGAACCAACUUGUAUGGAUGAAUACAUAUUUUGCUAGCUAGCUUGUUAGCUAGCAAGCUCGUUAACUUACCAUUAUACUUCUUAGCAAAUUUUGUUUGGUUUAUGUAUUCAAUGCAGGGUCUCACUUGAAGGAAGUAUGGCGACAGGGGGGACCUCCUCUUCCAGUGGGGAGGGAUUCCUCUCAAGAAUGGCCCUCAAUGACAACAAGGCUGGAAUGGAGGGCCUUAACAGGGACAAGAUAAACAAGAUCAUCAUGGAUUCCUCCAAGGGCUCCAGGUUCUAUGAGAACGAGCUGAAGAAGGAACAGCAGGUGAACCAGCGCAUUGAGAGGAUGAUGUUGCAGAAAGCACACAUCACUGAGCAACAGCUGAGCAAAGCGCAAGCACAGGUGGAGAAGAUUACCUCUGACCUGGAGAGGGGUCGUGACCUGAGCCGUGUGAUCGUGCAUGUGGAUAUGGAUGCCUUCUUUGCUGCGGUGGAGACGAGAGACUGUCCUGACCUGAUGGACAAACCCAUGGCCGUGGGUUCCAUGAGCAUGUUGUCGACAUCCAACUACCAUGCCAGGAAGUUUGGGGUUCGUGCCGCCAUGCCUGGCUUCAUCGCAAAGAAGCUCUGCCCAAACCUGGUUAUUGUUCCAACCAACUUUGACAAAUACAGAGCAGUGAGCGCUGAAGUCCGGGAGGUCUUUGCAGACUAUGACCCUCACUUCCUGCCCAUGAGUCUCGACGAAGCAUACCUGGACAUCAGUGACCACCUUGAGCAGAGGAGAGGCUGGCCAGAGGCCCUCCGUACCCACCGUCUCCACAUCAACAACACUGGGACAGCUAGAGUUGAUGACCAUGGUGAUCUACAAGAGACAGUAGAGGUAGAGGGUUUGUCUCCUGUCCUGUUUGAGAACAGCCCCAGCUCCUCCCCCUGUCUGCAGGAUGCUGCUGGGGGAGAGGUGGAAGUGUUUGGGACCUGUGCCGAGGAGGCGGUAAGAGAGAUGCGCUUCCGCAUCGAGCAGAAGACCUCACUAACUGCCAGCGCAGGCAUUGCCCCAAACAUGAUGCUGGCCAAGGUGUGUAGUGAUAAGAACAAACCCAACGGCCAGUACAGACUCCCCUCUAACCGACAGGCUGUCAUAGACUUCAUACAGGACCUGCCAGUCCGGAAGGUCUCAGGCAUUGGGAAGGUGACAGAGAAGAUGCUGGGAGCUCUAGGUAUCACCAGCUGUUCCCAUCUUGGCCAGGAGAUGACGCUGCUGACCCUGCUGUUCUCUGAGAAGUCUUGGCAUCACUUCCUCCACAUCUCCAUGGGCCUGGGCUCCACACUUAUCGAGAGGGACGGAGAGAGAAAAAGCAUGAGUACAGAGAGGACUUUUGGAGAGAUGAGUGCAUUAGAGGAGCAGUUCUCUCUGUGCAGGGAGCUGUGCCAAGACCUGGCUCAGGACCUGCAGAAGGAGGCGCUCAAGGGCAAGACGGUGACGUUGAAGCUGAAAAUGGUCAACUUUGAGGUGAAAACCAGAGCGUGGACGUUGCCGUGUGCUGUUGCUACGACGGAAGAGCUCUUUGCUGUCGCUAAGGACUUGCUGAAGACUGAGAUUGACAACGUCAGCCCCCAGCCACUGAGACUGAGGCUUAUGGGCGUUCGGGUUUCCAGUUUCGCCAGCGCUGACGACAAGAAACCCCUGCAGAAAAGCAUUGUGGGAUUUCUCCAUAAAAAACAGACUGACUCUAGUAGCACCUCCCAGAUCUCCUUCCAGAAGCCUGUGAAAGAGCAUCCACCUAAGCCUCCAGGCCAGACCCAGCCCUCUGCCUGCCCUUCCCUGGUACAGCAGAGACAGGGGCAGGAGGGUCACGCCUGGGUACCCAGCCGGGGAGGGGUGGAGGUGGGCAGGACUGGGGAGAACCAGCAGUCCUUCUUGCAGAGAGCUCACGCCCAGAGGCUGCGGCUGCAAGCUGAGAGAGAGGACCCACCAGAGAAGGGAGAUUGGAAUGGCUUCGAGACCAGACGGGGCCCAGCCUCAUCGACCACCAACCCCAAAGGGACACAGACACACACUCCGAAGAAUACAAAUACAUCAGCAGAGACACACAUCUCUAUGAGUGCAUUGACAGCUUCGGACAAAAUGACACAUGAACUUACAGCUCAUGCAUCUACUUCAUCAUGCUGUUCAACGGAGCCAGGGACAGACAGUCUGACCUGCCCUGUAUGCUUCAGGGAGGUGAACACCACAGAGCUGACAGUCUUCAACAGACACGUUGACCAGUGUCUCAGUGGGGUUACUAUGGGGCAAAACAACCACACAGACACAGAACUAGAGAGAGGCCCCAGUGUCUGUGAGGAGGAGGUGGAGAAAGAGAUAACUGGAGGGAAGAGGGAGGAGGGGGCGAUGGAGAAAGGUAGGGAGCUGCUCAGUAGGUGCAUGUUCGACUCAGUGGGCCUUCAAUUAGACUCAAGUGCAGGUGAUCAUACAGAGUCCACUACAGGUUUACUUCUAUAUGAGACUAGUACAGCUAAUAUUUCACUAAGCACUGUGGGCCUGAACCCUGUCUGCCUUAACACUUGUCCAAAUGGAGAUGUAUCUAUACAUAGAGGUACAGACCCUAACACCCUGAAGGUUUCAUCUCAAAGUGACCCUCAUGUUCGGGUUUGUCUGUUGUCCCCCGGUGGCCCUCGGCCAAUGACUACGCCCAAGCCUGAGUCACGUGACCACAGAGGCCCCGCCCUCACCUGUCCAGUGUGUCAGGAGACCCAGGACACCAAUGACCUCACCCUUUUUAACCGACACGUUGACCUCUGUCUGAACCAGGAAGUCCUGCAUGAGCUUGGGGGACUGACAUCUGUGGACCGCACCACCCACACUGCACCACCUGCUGCCCACAAAGAGAGAGAGCAGCCCCUGCAGAGAGCGCCGCAGAAAGGCAAGAGCAAAAGGAGAGGCUUGUCUCCCCCACCCCCCUCUAAGAAGGCCAAAGCCCUGGGCCCAGCUUGGAACACCAUUGACAAGUUCUUCAGGUGAAUGGAGUGCUGGUGACCUUACUAGCAACCAUCCCUACCUACCUAGUACUUCUUGGAUUGCUGGGAAUUUGGAUUGCUUACUCAAGCAUUGAAGAUGCACUACUUUCAAAAUAAAUACAUUUUUCUCUUGUGCAGUUUUUUUAAAGUCAUAAUGGUCAUUAGUUAGCAAGCAGAACUUUUGCAGGGGUGUUAGUGAAGGUAGUUGAUGCAAACUAACCACUUGCAAAAUGCACACAUUAAAAAUAACCUCUGAUCUACAUCUUGCCAGCUACUAUUUUGUAUUUAUUCAAGCGGAUAAGGUAGUGACAUAGUUCCUCUAUGCCAAACUGACGUUCUAUUAUGUACAGAGGUGUUAAGCCGACCAUUGAAACCACAGGCGGCUGGUGGCACCUUAAUUGGGGUGGAUGAGCUCAUAGUAAUCGCUGGAAGAGAAUCAAUGGAAUGGUGGUCAAACACAUGGUUUUCAUGUAUUUGAUACCAUUCCAUUUACGCCAUUCCAGCCAUUAUUAUGAGCCGUCCUCCUGUGAAACUUUGUAGGAGGCAACCCUGGUGUCUAUAGUGACUACUACCUUCUGCUGAAGGAGUGAACUCUGUGUUUUUGCAUCUUGUGUUGCACCGUUUUAAAUGUAAUGAAUAAUAAGCAUCAAUAGAGUUGAUCCCCAGUCUUUUAAACACGUGUAUGUGGAGAAGAGGGUUGUGAAUAGAAUACCAGUAUGAGAUGGUGUAUUUUUGCAUAAGAUAACUUAAAUAUAGGCUAUAUUAUUGUAUUCAAAUUUCAUAUGCUAUUUUUCUUAUGGAAAAUAAAACUUGCCACCACUGUAAAUGUGGCUC